AUGCAACAACUUGCGUUUGCAGGAACCAUAGUUGAUUCCUACCAAAUCGGCAACUUCUUUGACGUCUCGCCUGCAUUUUCCGGUCUUCUGGUUGGCUUGUUCAUGGCAGGCGGGGGUGUAGGAACUUCUUGCAUGAUGUUGGUCCUGCAGACAAGGCCAAGCGCAUGGAAGAGCUUCCGGGCCAUUGUGCUGGGUUGCCAGGUCAUGGACACAUGUGCAGUUCUAAUGUACACCUUGCUCCUGGUUCUGGCUGUUAACGUGCAGUUGCCGUCAGCGUGGAUCUAUUUUCUUGCGGUGACGCGAUUUGCUUGGGGCCUGGGACCAGGAGUGACGGGACAGCUGGCAGGGGUGACCAUCACGAAGGUUACCCCGCCACAUGAGAUAGUUGAAAAAAUGCAAAGCUUGCAGUUUUGGCAAACGCUGGGCUUGGGCUUGGGGCCCUUCAUUGCCGCGCUUGCGAUCUUUGCCCAGGGUGCUCUUGGGGCCUCGGCCCCUUACAGGUUGUGCGCAGCUCCCGCUGCCCUUGCCAGCCUUCAGAUCUCAUCCACCUUCAUUCUCUGGAAGCUGUGCCCCGAUUCUGUGGAGGAGUGGUCCUCUGGUGGGAAAGAAGGAACAUCCUCAGGCCCUCAGAGGCACUCAAGCAAAAUCCAGCAGCUUCUCUUCCUCAUCUCAUGCUUCCUCCUUUGUGCUCUCCGCGGCUACGCAGUGGCUGGAGCGGAAGUCGGCACCGCCAUGUUGCUGGAAGUGCCGUAUGGAUGGAAUCGGCAUUCCAUUGGCUUCUUGGUGAGCGGAGCCUUCUUGGCAAGCAUACCUCUCCGAUCGGUGUACUUCAGUAUCAAGGGUUUGUUCAGCACCAUUGAAUGGAUACGCAUCCUGUCCGUGGUCGCUAUGGCUGGUACACUGCUUCUAUUCUCGAGGGUUGCCUUGAUUCCGGAUGGGCUCAUGCUUGUUGGCGCUGAUGCCAUCAUGUUUCCCUCCUUGUACCUAGCAGAGGGAUUGACAAGGGGCUUGAUGUUGCAGUUCGCCAAAGACAGCACCGUGCUCUCAAGCAACCAAGCGUCCUUCCUCGCCAUCGUCUUGAACAACUGCGCUCGCACGGUGGCCCCCUGGCUUUCCAGAAAGCACAUCUCCACCGGCGACCCUGCUGAAGGGCAAGACUUAUUUGCCACUGGGCAGCUACUGUCCUGCGUGUUGUUCCUGGCCAUCUUCGAGCUCGGCAUCCGGCAUAUGUUGGACGCGCCAGUCCUUGUCAUCGGCUUGCCGAGCUUGAACGAAGCUGACAACAUCGAGGCCGUGACGAAGGUGGUGGAUGCAGGUUGCCGUCAGCACUUCCCGAACCACCGCUGCAUACUCGUCAAUGCAGACUGCCAAAGCUCCGACGGCACCUCGGACAUCUUUGCCCAGACUUCGACGCAUUCUCAGAAAGUGGUGCUGAGGACUGCCCUGCCGGCGCAGGGAAAAGGCGCAGCAUUGAGGCUUGUCUUCGAAUACAUGCUUCAGGUGGAUGCCGAGUUUGGGCUUUGCCUCGACACCGACGUGACGAGCAUCACACCAGACUGGAUCAAGAGCUUCAGCCUGGCGCUGCCCUACGACUUCGCGGCGCCUCGCUACGCACGCCACCGCCUUGAUGGAUUCAUCACGAACCUCCUGAUCUACCCUAGCAUUUGCGCAGUGUUCGGUUGCGAUGUGCGUCAGGGCAUCGGAGGUGACUUCGGAUUCAGUCGCCGGGCUGCAGAGGCAUUCUUGUCAAAGCCCUGGCAUCCGAAAGUUGAGAAGUACGGCAUUGACAUCUUCAUGACCACCACCGUGCUGAAGAAGGGCUUCUCCAUUGGGGAGGUGGAGCUGCCAGCGAAAGUCCACAGCCCAAGCCUCCCGAAGCUGAAGAAGAUGCUUGCUUCGCCUUUAGUUGGACUUUAA